AUCUUCAGCAAUUAAGAAAAAUAUUUUAAUUAAUUUUAUGCUGCAUGAACUGAAGUGAAAAUGGAGGAGCUGCAAGUGGAGAGAAUGGCCGAGGUGUUCCGAUGUUUCAUCUGCAUGAGCAAAGUUAGAGACGCACGGUUGUGCCCGCAUUGUUCGAAACUUUGUUGCUAUCUGUGUAUCCGGAGAUGGAUAUUGGAGCAAAGGAAACAAUGCCCUCAUUGCAGAGCUUCAUUACAGUUGAGUGACUUGGUGAACUGUCGUUGGGCGGAGGAGCUCACCCAACAAAUUGACACGUUACGGGGGCCAGUGCGGCCCCAGGGGGCUGUGGGGGGAUCCCCACAGACCCAACAAGAGGAGAAGAAGGAUAUGUGUGAAACCCACCAUGAAAAGUUGACGGUAUUCUGCUGGACUUGCCAGUUAUGUAUCUGCCAUCAAUGUGCGUUGUGGGCGGGCACGCAUGGGGGCCACACAUUCAAGCCCCUCACUGAGGUAUACGCGCAACAUGUAGCGCAGAUAAGCGAAGAGGAAAGCGCGAUACGACGUCGGUUGAUGGAACUUAUAUCUCUUGUUCAGGAUGUGGAGAGGAAUGUAGAGAGCGUUCGAUCAGCAAAGGACGAGAGAGUUCGUGAGAUUCGUAACGCUGUAGAGAUGAUGAUUGCUAGACUAGAUGGUCAAUUAAAGAACAAAUUAAUAACGCUGAUGGGACAAAAGAAUCAACUAACGCAAGAAACUGAAAUGCUGGAAAGCGUUUUAAAGGAAGUUCAACACCAGAUGUCCUCCUCUACUAAAAGUGACAUGAUAGCACGAUCAUCGGAAAUGUUACAAAUGUUCACGGCGAUUCAUAAGAAACCGAUGGCAUCGUUCGUUACAGCAUCCGUGCCCCCGGACUUUACAAGCGAACUCGUACCAACUUAUGACUUGGAGACGUUCACUCUAACUCGGUUCAGCCAACUACAACAGAGUGCGGAUCCCGUUUACUCGAAACCCCUCAAUGUUACCGGGCUAAGUUGGAGGCUCAAGAUAUACCCGGAUGGUAAUGGCGUGGUUCGCGGUCAAUACCUUUCAGUGUUUCUUGAGUUGACCUCAGGGUUAAACGAGGCAUCGAAAUAUGAAUAUAGGAUCGAGAUGGUGCAUCUUGCUAGCGGAGAUCCGACCAAGAAUAUUGUGCGCGAGUUCGCCAGUGAGUUUGAUAUCGGAGAAUGUUGGUACAUACGUAACCACAUUACAUCGCGUACACGAAAGUCACCUCUCCUACAAAACCAAACCAAGGAGAAAAGUCGGAAGAGUAAAAAGAGACGUUCCAUUGAAACGAGUGCAUUGUUUGAUUUCCUGAACACAUCGUGUGAUAAUCUGCGAACGGAGGUACCCGCACCCCCCCAAAGUUCGCGAAUGACUGCAUUAAAAUCGCCUGUGAUGUCACCAACGUCGUCUAUGAUGUCAUCAAACUCCUCUAUGAUGUCAUCAGGAUCCUCGGAAUCAACAAAAGACUUGAUCGCUUAUUGGUCGAAACGGACUUCACAAAACGCAGAUGAAACAAACGAGCGACGUCGCAGAUGGAGUCGCGAUAACGUUAUACUGAAAGAUUUGCGGUUCCAGUUAUCCGACCUUGCUGACACGAUGGCCACAGCCACUACUUGCAUUAAUUCAUCGCGAUCUCCGAGAAAAUCUCCUCGUAAACCGAUCGCUGAGUCAUCGUCCUCAGCAUCUACACCGACCAAUAAGACGCAAGCCUUCAAACCAAAGAUUGCUCCUAGUUUCUCUCUUUCUUUAUCUCACUCCUCCUCCCAAGGAGCAAAUGGAGCAACUUCUGCAAACAAUGAUCAUCCAUCGGGUGCUAAGCGCAAAACCGCUCGAGCGCGACCAACAGACCAAUCAGGAUCCUCGUUUCAGCAAAACUUGACGGAGAACCUCAACCAGUGUGAAUAUCGAUGCAUUCUUAACGAUUUAUCGUCUUUGAAAAAAGUUUCAAAACAAGAAAAUCCAGAAAACAAUAUCGACAACUCAAACGAAAUCCAAACUUUUGAUGCGUCCGGUGGUGAAACCUCAAGCAAACCCCAUAUUCCUCCGAAACCUUCAAAGAAAGUCGGCGAACUUGAUUUACCUCGUCGGAGGUCAAAUGGGUUUGAACGAAGACGUGAUGUCAUCACUGAUGAUGUCACCAACUUGUUGGAUAUUUCCUCAAACCUGAUUGGUCGAUCGAAUGAUGAUGAACAAAGUUCUUCCUCAAACAUUGAAGCCACCUCAGCCAAUCAUCAGUCUUCAAGUUGGGGGAAAGAGAGUGGGGAUCACAUUAUGAUGUCACUGUUGGACAAUCCAUCGAACAAUGAAGAAAACAAAGACCACAGCCUCACUAGCGCCACCGGUGGUGGACUAGAUCUUAUUUAUUUGAAAGGUUGCGAACAAAACAAUAGUUACGUCAUCGAUGAAUCGACGCUUUAUGAUGUCACAGAGGGGUUGGAUAAUGAAUGAAUGACGUCAUUAAUGUUACCUAGCAACAAAUAUAAAAAUAUCUGCAUAGGUUCUUGUUACUGUGUGCUUGUUUUCAAAAUGUGCUUGU